AUGACAUCCCUCGCAUCAUCCCCUCCGCCAUCCUCACCACCCCUCGGUGCAUCAUCACCGCCUCCUGUUCCAAUGACAAUCGACUCACCCAACCUACCUCCACUUGAAUCAGACCCAACUGAACCCAAAACCGCACCUAAAGCUAAAUCCGGUAGUGGGAACAAGAAGAAACGUAAAUCCAAGGCAUUAGUAGAAGAAGUAGAUGAUGAGAUCGGUGACCUUCUAGGAGAAGAAGAACUCAACACCCCCGGACCUUCAAACGGUAAUGGUGGUAAAGGAAAAACACAAAAGGUCAAGAAGGAACAAUCACAGGUGGAUGAAGAGAUGGAUGAAUUGCAAGAUCAAGAAGUACAAGCAGAAGGGGAAGCAGGAGGAGGGUCAUUCAAAUGUGAAUGGGGUGAAUGUGAUAAUGUUAGUGGGACGCAUGAUAGGUUGAUCGAACAUGUUAAAGAAGACCACAUAAACGCACUCAAAGACUCCUUCAUCUGCGAAUGGAUCAACUGUCCCAGAACAGGUCAAAAGCAAGCUUCCCGACACUCUCUAUCAACCCAUAUGAGGAUGCAUACCGGUGAAAGGCCAUAUGCCUGUACUUAUGCAGGCUGUCCCAAAUCGUUCACUCGAUCCGACGCAUUACAGAAACACAUCAAAUCCCAACAUCUCGAACGACCCGCUCCCCCUCCCAAACCUACUCCUACUCCCACCCAAUCCGGUAAAUCCUCUAAAGGUAAAUCCAAAUCGCGUCAUCCUCCCAUCGUCUCCACACCACUCACACGCGCACCUCUUGGAGUACCUCCUCCCUCAGAUGAAGAUUUGUUGCUAGAUGAGGAUUUGGCAGAGGUUUUACCUAGGAUACGAAAUAGGGAUCAUCUCAAACCCACAACCGAUGAAGUAGAAGUUCUAUCGUAUCUUCGAUCGAUAUUCCCUCGAGAGGUAUUAGAUCCCAAGGAUCCUAUACCUGAGUCUUUGGAUGAUCCACCGGCCGAAUUGGGUGUACCGGAAGAAGCUCAAUUACUUCAAUCUAUACCUGAUCCGGACCUCCCCGGGGGAGAGUUAGAUCUGCUGGGAAGGAGCGAAUGGCAAGCUAGAUAUAUAAUGAUCAAAGCUAGGUUGAUGUUAGUGGAGGAAGAGAAUAAUAUGAGGAGGUUGGAGUUGGUAAGGGAGUUUCAGAAGGAUGGACAUCCUGUGGAUGUGGAACAGAUGGUCUAG